AUGAAGAAUGAGCUCCGGCUCUUCGUGAUAUUUGCAUGUGUUUUUGAGACUGUCUGCCAAUCUGUCGACAUCCGAUGCUAUUCCUGUACUUCGAUGGAAGCCGAGCAAUUGCUGAAUGACGUAACAGACCCAAAUUGGAGAAGGUGGCUCGAAAACGUCAGAAAUGUGCCUUACACCGAAACGUGUAAAGAUUACUUCCAGGUUGAUCGAGCAAUUCGGUCCGGCGUGAAAAACCAGAAUUGCGAGGAUGGUGCCUGUAUGAAAAUGUGGUUCCAGGAAGUCAAUGGCGCCUCUCACGUUUGGCGAAGCUGCAUCCCGAAUGCUCGCGAUCAGAUUCGGAGUGAUUGUACGAGAGUGAGCACGAGUCAAGGCGAAAUGGAAGUGUGCACGUGUACCGGAAACCUAUGCAAUUCUAGUCCUCAACGAUCCGUGUAUUUCAUAAGUAUUUUUGUACUUUGUGCCCUCCUCUCCUUGAUGCUG